AAUAAUUUGGCAAACGCAAUGACUAAUGCUUGCCAAAGUCCGUCGUCCAAUUUCUGAUGGAAUUUGCUUAGCUCACUCGAUGCGAGUCGACAACGAAUUUGCUCAGAAGCUUUUCGAACUAAGCAGAACAGAAUUGACUGAACCUCGUCUUGGAGAGGGACGGCUGGCGACACGAGCAAGAGAGAGCGGUUGACGUGUGGAUGUGAGCAAAGUUCUUGGCUGUAUUGGUUGGCAGCAUUUUGGUAACCUACCGAACACGAAACGGUCUGACAAAGCGUCAGUCGUGUACGAGAGGGAGGAAUUGGUCGUUGCAGGAAAGUACGCACGUGGAAGCAAUGGAGAACAAACCGCGAUUUAAACAGAGUUCGAUAUAUAUUCCCCGGAGGGAAUUGACACUCGCAGAAAGGGUGGAAAUUAUAAGGGAGCAUCAGCGUUCUGUCAGAACGGGGCUAAUUGCACAGCAGUUUCGCUGUAGCAAGCAGCAGGUGCGGCGCAUCAUACACCGCAAGGAUGAAUACCUGGCGCUGUGGGCGAAGAGUACAAAUGAGGAGGUGGAGAUGGUGCGGAGGCUCCGCACCCCCUUGCUCAUUGCCACAGGGCGGAUCUUGUACGAAUGGGUCCUGAGGGCUCGAUACUACAUGGACAUAACUGAUGACGCGUUACGGGAGUCAGGUCGAGCCAUUGCCGCCCACAUAAAGUACAAAGACUUCAAAUCGAAUAACCGUUGGUUGGGCCGCUUCAAAAACAAGUACAAAUUGCACAACAUGAAGCUGAAGAAUCUACACAGGGGCGCACUGGAUCCAAAGCACUUGAAACCCCUGGACAUCGCCGACAUAAUUGAGACCAUUAAGCGAGAGGACCCAGCCAGCUUGGCCGAUUUCGAAAAGGAAACCGAAUCCGUCGAACUGCCGCUAGAAGGUAUUGAGCUGCAAAACGAGGAGCUGCUGCUUGACCCAGCCGAGGACGACGACCGGGGGUCUUCUCCAUACGACCAGGGCAUCGGAAUGGAUGAUAUUCCCAUGGAAAAUGGCUUUGUCGAGAACGGAGAGGACUUGGAGUUUGCCAAAGAAAUUUCUACCUACAAAGAAGCAAUAAAUCUGUUAGGACCAAUCGAGCAGUUCGUUCUGGUCAAGGAGAAUAUCCGAGCGGUCGGGCUCAUCAAUCAAUUAGAGAACUUAUUCAGGGACGAAAUCGCCAAAGGGAAAGAAUAAUUACUUUGUAAACUAUAGAUACUUUAUGAAUAAAGCCAAUUCGAAAAGACAAA